CCGCUCUUUAAUUGUUCUGGUUAACCACAGGUCUCAAGAACCCUCACACACCAUGACAGACGUAUAAACCCCAACAAUCAUUUAGCAUUUGAGGUUAGAGAUUUUUUUUCGUACGACACUGUUUCAGUAUUGGUUUCAAUUGUCUCAUUACGUUGGUAGUGGUUAACGAUCCUCUUCAGUUCCGUGGUUUUUGGGCAAAAAUAGGUGUUAAAACGCGCAAUGCGUCGCGUCUUCAAUAGCGUUAACUUGACGGAAAUAAAACGGAAAAAAAUUGUAUAAAUUAUUUUUGAUAAAACAAUUGUAAUCGGAUGAAGUGAAAGCGCUAUUUUUAUAAAAAAAUUAUAAUAUAAAAUUUAAAAAAAAUUAUUAUUUAAAAUAAAAGUUUUAUAUACAUUUUUAUCGCUAAUUUUUUUGUAUGCAAAUAUUAAGUUCCAUGGUGUGUGAAAGUGCUGUUAUACAUUCAAAAAUGCAUCUUAAGAUGGAACCACAAGCGCAGCAACAACAACAGCAACAACAAGAUCAAUUGCAGCAACAACAGCAAAGAUAUCAACAACAACAAGUGCAACAAUCACCAGAAAAAUAUCAUACACAUUUAUUGGAUAAAAUCAAAACGGAAAGUAAUGGUUCAGAACAUUUAAAUCAUACAAAUGCGAAUACGGUUAUAGAAAAACAAACUGUAGUUGAACAACAACAGCAGCAGCAGCAACAACCACAACCACAACAAUUGACCACCCAGCAUCAUCAACAACAACAACAGCAGCAGCAGUUACCACCCUCAACUCAACAACAGGCGCAACAGCAACAAAAUCCCACCACUAUUAUACAAUCGCAACAGUCUCAACCCAUUAAUGCUGUAAUACAAACACAAAAUAAUCAAUCACAACAACAACAGCAGCAACAACAACAACCUCAACAACCCCAACAUCAACAACAACAUCCCAGUCAGGAAGAUUAUGUACCCAUACAAAGAACACAACAACGUAGAUAUAUAACAACAACCGGAGAAUUAGUACAUCGUGAUUCCGACGACCCCGAAACGGUUAGUGAAUAUCAACGCCAGCGUCAUUCGCCUGCCGAAUAUGUACAAAUGGCACCGCGCAAUGAAGAACAACAGCCACCACCAGGUACCACAGUCUAUACUUAUACAACCAAUGAAAAUGGUCAACCCAUUAUAUGUACAACCGAUCCCGCGGGUGGAACGAUUAAACUCGAGUCAAUAGACAAAGAUCAAGUGCAAAAUGAAGCCGCUCAACAGUUGCAACAACAGCAGCAACAUCAACAACAAUGUCCUACACCCAACGGCAACUAUACGGAAACCAUGGUCGUGCCCACGUCAGCAUUACAUCACCAAAAUCCUCAUAAUUUAUCCAGUACAGCCCAUACGGCCAUACCACAUCCCACUCAUUUGUUGCGAUUCGAAGAAGAUAAUCGUUUUGGACAAACUCUCAACGAUAAUGGUAAUGGUCCUGCCACAUUGUACUAUGAAACGGCUGUGGUAGAUCCCAAUGCACAUCCUAAUGAAUCGAAAACUUUUACAGAUUUGGGUAAUGCUCAUUAUUUGAAUUACUCCUCCACCUCCUCCUAUCAGUUGAGUCAAAAUAAUACCAUCUAUAGUGUAUCGCCGGCACCGAAUCAAUUGAUAAGCAAAAAUGAUCCCAGUUUAAAUAUACUGCGGCAACCAGUGCAAUAUCAGUCAAUGGCUUUGUUUGAUUCUGUUAAUAGUUCAGUAGCCGAGCAGAGUAUUUGGCCAACGGCCGGAGUGGAAUAUUCCAAUAUGGGCUUUAAUUAUCAUCAGCAGGUGGUUGAAGAAUAUCCAACGGGCAAUAUAACCGCUAGCUCUUGGGCUCCUACUAGUUCCAUAACACAUUAUGAAGCACCACCUCCUUUGGCGGAUAAAUGUGAACAAUGUAAUUCUCCUUUGGGUAGUAAAGCGAACGGCUACUGUCCUUCUUGUUAUGGAGGCCCUAUACGUCAGACUGUGCGUGUGGGUCCCCGACAAACAAAACCCAAAGCCUCAGCUGCCGCCGCCAAUAAUAGACGCACGGGUGUUACUUGUGCUAAUUGUCAAACUAAUUCCACUACUUUGUGGCGUCGUAAUAAUGAUGGAAAUCCUGUUUGCAAUGCCUGUGGUCUGUACUACAAACUACACAACAUGAAUCGUCCGCUUUCCAUGAAAAAGGACGGCAUACAAAAACGUAAACGUAAACCAAAGAAUAGCGGCCCACCACAGAUGAGACCACCAUUACCUAGUUUACCUCCAGGUGGCGGUAGUUUGAUGGUGCACUCGAAUGGUCCAUUGUAUCCUUCACAAGUGCAAACUAUAGGCCUUCCCCUAAAUGCUCAAACACCAAAUCCAGGUGAUUUGCAAGACAUGACUACCACAGCUCCACGUACGGUAGCUAUUGGUCAUCAAGAUAUGUCUUUGAAUAUGUCACGACCACACGUUACUUCGGAUAGUCAUUCACCGUAUAGCAAUCCACCUUCGCAGAGUCAGUCACCUCAUCUACCAAGUACAGCGAGUUUUAAAGUGCCUCCAAUCGAAGUGCCCCGAACAACGCAGAGCAGUGAAAUACCCACGAGUGUUAUAACACGCACUGGAUUACCAGAACGUACAUCGAAUAACUGAAACCAAUAAUCGCCUCUUAAAAACAUUAUUUAUGUCAAGAUAUUUUUUUGAAGUUAAAGGUUAAGAAUUUAUCAAAAUUAAAAAUUGAAACUUAAGUAUAUAUACAUAUUUCGUUUAAAAUUGUGCCAAAUAUUUUUUAUUAAAAAAUUAAUGAAACUUUACCAAACAAAAUGAAAUGAACCAACUUGUUUGUUAAAUUGAACGUAUAAAUUGUUUAACUUAAAUUUAAAUUAUUAUUCGAAUAAUUGAGAAAAGUUUUCAAUAAAUAUUAACUGAUAGAUCUGAAAAAUCCAUACAAAUGAUCGCAGUAAGUGCAGUUUUCGAUUGGAAAUUUUAUGGCAGUUAUAGACUUAAAUAAUCGGCAAAUGAUGUUAUUUUAUGAAAAUUUAUUUAAAGUAAUAUGGCCAUUUUGUAAAAAAAGUUUUAACUAAUAAUGUUCAAUAUUCUGAAAUUAGCAUAGUUUUAUUAUUUCACUUUAAAUUUCUUUAACAAUUCUAUGCAAAUUAUUUUCUUUUAUAU